AUGAUUGACAAGUUAAUACCAAAAAAAACUUCAAGGGGUAGUUCAAGAAGUAGUUCUUCUCACGCCAUAACUACCCAUGACCUAAUUUCACCAAAGAACUAUAAUAUAGCUCUUCAUAAAAAACACCAUUUAUUAAAAAUACAUCAUAACAGUUACCUUGAUAACAACAAUAAUAAUAAUAAUGUAGAUGAGAAAAAAAUAAAACCAAGCUCUAAUAAUAAAAAUAAAAUGGAAGAAGAAAAUAAUAUUCAAAAAGGUACUAACCAACAUAAAGCCAAUAAGCUGAAUAUGAAAAAAAGUCUCAUGGUAAACCCUAACAACACAAAAAUGACUGCGAAAGAAAAAGAACUUUCAGUUGGACAAGACAAAGAACUGGUUUCUCAUAAAGAAGAACUACCAAAUACUAUUAUAAAAAAGUAUGCGGAAAAAGAAUUUGAUACAGUUGGCAAUGAGCUGAAUGUUGGCUGCAACAACAAUGCUUCUGAUGUCAUAGCUGAUGAUCAUCUUCUUAUUAACGCAAUUAUUCCUGAUCUAGAGCGAGGUGCAGAGAUCAAUGAACAAACACAGUUAUUAUUACCCUCGUCACCAUUGCCAAACAAUAGAUUGAACAAUGAUGUAAACAAUAACAUCGGCAAUAACGGUAAUUGUAAUAUUAUAUACAAGUAUUAUUGUUUGAUAUUGCAAAUGCUGCUGAAUUUGUAUCAAAGAAAUAAGAGGGUAUUUUAUGCGUGCAUAGCCGUAGUAUUCAUUGGUACUGUCAUCUACACUGUAGUCACUGGUAGGUUUCCUAAAUAUUUGAUAUUUAUAACAAAAGCUACAUUGUGCUAUAUAUUUGGAUCUCUAUUUGAUGUUACAUUUUGUACCAUAUAA